AUGCCCCGCGGCGCUCUCAUCGUCCUCGAAGGAUUAGACCGCUCUGGCAAGUCGACACAGGUCGACCGCCUCGUUGCACGCCUUAAUGCCGAGGGACAUCGUGCGCGCCUGCACAAAUUUCCAGACCGCACCACCGCCAUCGGAAAGAUGAUCGACGCGUAUCUCCGUUCUGCGACUGACCUUGACGACCGCGCGAUCCACCUUCUCUUCUCGGCGAACCGGUGGGAGUGCCACGCCGCCAUAGAGAAAGACCUCGCGGACGGCAUCACAGUCGUCGCAGACCGCUACGCCUUCUCCGGCAUCGCCUUCUCUGCCGCCAAAGGCCUCGACUUCACCUACUGCCUGUCCCCUGACACGGGCCUCCCCCUCCCCGACACGACGCUGUAUCUCACCCUCUCUCCUGAGACAGCGGCACAGCGCGGCGCAUACGGUGCCGAGCGGUACGAGAAUGUGGACACGCAGAAAGCCGUCCGUGCCCAGUUCGCGAAAGUCGCGAAAGAGGUUGCGCGGCGACACGGCGACGCACGAUGGGUAGAGGUCAGCGCGGAAGGGAGCGUCGAGGAGGUCGAGCGCGAUAUUUGGGGGGUUGUGGAGGACGUCGUGCGGCGCGUGAAGGACGAACCGGUUGGGAGGUUGUGGGAGUAG